GGCGGGAGCGUGCCUCAAAACGGGCCGCCUGUGACUUCCGCGUCCCGGGACGAAACUGUACGUGAAACGGGAGCGACUUAAGGAAGCCGCGCCGGGACCGUGCCCCCGCGCUGACAUCAGCCGUGCUCGCCCGCCGCGGCUGGCUAGAGCGCCCUGCCGCCAUCUUGGCUACGGGCAGUCCCGCUGGGGAGCCGCUGCUGCCCGCCUGACAUCUUCUCCCGGGCAGCCCCGCCGGAGGGAGCGCGGCUCCGUGCCCUCCUGCCGCGGAGAGUGCUCGGGCAGGCGGCGGUGAGGGGCAGGGCUGGUGGGAGCGUGGCCGGGCCGGCUGCUCUGGCCCUCGCCCGGGCGGGACGGGGGAGCGAGACCGCGGGCGGUGAAACACGCGGGGCUUUCCACCCCUGCGGGGCUGCAAACCUGUCAGUUCUCCUGCGAGGGGGGUUCAGCUCUUGCUGUCGCGUUACCCUCCCGACAUCGACUGUUUUUAUUGUUAUAUGAUACUUAGAAAGAGGGGAAAAACUUCCCAGAACUUUCCCGGUUUUUGGUUCUUCAACGUUUAAACACGGACAGUUGCACCUUCCUUUCUCUUCACUGAUAGUUUCAAUAGAGUUGUAUACUGCUGUAAACUGCCAGGAGCCACGUUUUGUGGUAACAGAGCAGGUUAAUAUGCACGCUAAGCUGUGUGUAACAGUUACUCAGUUUUGCUGUUCCUUCCCAUCUGGUUUUCCUAAUGAAUCAGUCUCAUUUCUUUGAAAGGAAGUUUUACCUUCAGUUUAUACUCUCAUCUAUUUUGCACACAGUGUAAAUGAUCAGCAGUUUGGGAUUUUCAGAAAUACCAGGUCGACUGUUGAGAAAUGAAGGUUAGGACGUCAUGUGCUGGACUGCGAAAUCUUCUCCAAAGGCUGAGCGUCAGUGACAAAUACUGCUCGAAGCAUAACCGUCUUCAAACAAUAUGUCUUUAUAGUAAAAUAAACCCCCCAAAAUGCCACAUCCUGGACUGUUCAUGGAGUACAUGCGCACACAGGACUGUGUCACCUGGAAGCAUCCUGCCGUGGAGAUUCUUUACCUGCAAGCAGGAAGGAACAAAAAUCCCAUCCAAAAGGAAGCAAAACACAUCCAUAACAACAUCAGAGCUGCUGUACAAGAAUCUUCUGAAAUCAGAGCGGGAAAACUGGAAUGACACUUCAGCAAGAUACAAAGCUGUGACAAAAAGAAUCAAGGAAAAAAUAGAAGAACUGCACAACAAAUAUACAUUCAAUUUGGGAAGCCCAAGGAUCAGGUUUGGAGAGAAUGUGUACUUUGAAGAGAAUGGCUGCAUAUUUCUUUCAAAAGCAGAUGAUGCAGAUGAAGGAAAUGUUGACAUUUUAUUCAGUACUGAAGAUCUGGGCUUGUCUGAUGCCUUUAUUCGACAGAUCAGAAUUUCACCAGAUCAGAGAUACAUGGCAAUCAGCUUAAAAAGUGAAAAUUCUGAAGAGAUAACCUGCGUUAUUAUGAAAUUGGGUCAAUUUCCUGUCGUGGAAAAAGUAAUUCCUAAUGUAUUUAGUUUUGAAUGGGCUACAAAUGAUGUUCUGUAUUACACAAGUCAGAAGAACCUUAAAUGUCAGGAUGUGUUAAUGACCACUUUCACUAAUCAGAAACAUACCAAGUUAGUUUAUACAGAACAAGAUGCAAGAUUCUUUGUGGACAUACAUCGCACAAAAGAUAGGCGUUUUCUCACUAUCAACAGCAACAGCAAGACAACAUCAGAAGUUUGGCUGGUUGACUGUAGAAAUCCUUUUAAGUUACCUGCUCUUGUACAAGCACGAACAAAAGGGGUCAUUUACCACGUUGAGCACAGAAAUGAUGAGUUAUAUAUUCUUACUACAUAUGGAGAACCUGCAGAAUAUAAGUUGAUGAAGGCACCAAUAGCUUCCAGUGGCAUAGAGAACUGGCAGUUAGUUUAUGCACUGGAAGACAAAACCAAGCUGGUAGACUUGGAGAUGUUCAGUGACCACUGUAUUAUGUUCCUGAAGAAUGCUGGUCAGCUUUACUUAAAUGUGAUUUCUUUUGUCUCACAUUCAGUCCAGUCAAUAAAGCUACCUACAUGGGCCUGUGAAUUUGAAUUGGAAUCUCAUCCUGAACAUACGACCAGCACUUGCUAUUUUCAGCUCACCUCUCCAGUACACCCCCCUAAGCGUUUUGCAUAUUCAUUUAAACAAAAUAAUCUCAUUGAACAAGCUGUGCAAGAGGUACCAAUUAUUACGAAUUGUCACACUACACGUUUACUAGCUAAAAGCAAGGAUGAAACUUUAGUGCCAAUUACAGUUUUUCAUAAUAUGAAUUCUAAAGAGCUACACAGGAAACCACUUCUAGUUCACGUAUAUGGAGCUUAUGGCAUAGAUUUGAAUAUGAGCUUUAAAGAAGAGAAGCUGAUGUUAAUUGAAGAGGGCUGGAUAUUAGCAUAUUGCCAUGUUCGGGGUGGAGGAGAGCUUGGCCUUCGGUGGCACAGAGAUGGAUGUCAGCAUAAUAAACUCAACGGUCUCCAUGACCUGAGGGCUUGCAUCAGGCUGCUGCACCAACAAGGACUUUCUCAGCCAAAAUACACAGCACUAGCAGCUGCCAGUGCUGGAGGAGUUCUUGCAGGAGCCCUGUGCAACACUGAUCCAGAACUUAUCAGAGCCGUGGUUUUACAGGCUCCUUUUGUGGAUGUUCUAAAUACAAUGAGGAAAACUCAUCUCCCACUGACAAUUGAAGAACAGGAAGAAUGGGGAAAUCCAUUAGCAGAUGAAAAAUGUAUGAAGUUUAUCAAAAGCUAUUGUCCAUACCAGAAUAUUAAGCCACAGCCUUAUCCUUCAGUUUUUAUCACGGCAUAUGAAAAUGAUCAGCGGAUACCGCUAACAGGAGUUUUGCGAUAUGUUCAGAAACUGAGGAAGGCUGCACUAGAUUAUGCCAGCAGAACAAGUCAGAAAGGAAAUCGGAUCCCUAAUAUCAUCUUAGACAUCCAGGCAAGCGGCAGUCACUGUGAUUUGUCUUGGGAGGAUUCACUGAAUGAGGUUGCAAGACACCUUGCUUUUCUGAACAAAGAACUUGAGGAAGUAUGCCAUCUCCAACAUCAUGGGAAAUCCUGCAAGUAGCUAAUAAACACAUUGACCACCUGAAGAA